GUCAAAUUUAGCCAACUCUCAUAUGGAGGCUCGGAGAUUAGCCCUUCUCUAUUCCCAUCUUUGCCCCUCCCGUUCGGCCCCUCUUCCACCCCUUUCAAUCCUUUCUCCUUCCGCUUGCGCUCCCCAGAGGAACGACUGCGUUUUCUGUCUAAUUAUUCGCGGCGAAUCCCCUGCUUGCAAGCUGUAUGAGGAUGAUAUGUGCUUGUGUAUAUUGGAUACCAGACCUUUGAGUUGUGGGCACUCUCUUAUUAUCCCAAAGUCUCAUUUUUCUUCAUUGGAUACAACUCCACCCUCUGUGGUAGCUGCGAUGUGUUCAAAAGUGCCUUUUCUUGGCAACGCAAUCAUGAAAGCUACUGGUUCGGAUUCAUUCAACUUGUUGGUUAACAAUGGUGCAGCUGCUGGUCAAGUUAUAUUUCAUACACAUAUUCACAUAAUCCCCCGUAAAGCAGGUGAUUGCUUGUGGACCUCUGAGUUUUACAGAGUUUGUAUCGGCGUCCCCUAAAGAUAGACCCAGAGACAUCGGAUCUUACGAAUCGUGUUCGAGAAUUGUUGCUGAACGUUUCCGAAGAGAGAAAAGAUCAAGUGUCGACUCUGUCUUGAACCUUUGUGGUAUCAUAAUAUAUAAAUAUACCUUUUGGCUUUAUCUUAUGUACCAUAGAAGUAGAUAGUCCAUUCUUUCAAGAAUCUCUUUGGUCCUUAACAAUGUUGUCAUCUUGUUUGUUCAGGCUACGUUUGAAGCUUGUUGUUACACUA